AUGGCCGACGAGCCGGAGCUGAUCGCGGCCCCCGCCGUGCCCCUCGGGCACGUUCAGCGCCGCCUCCUCGACACGGGCCGCAUCCUCAUGACCAGCGGCUGGCUCGUCCUCAACUACACCAUCAGCAACCGCGCUGCGCCUGCCAACGAAGAGCACGCGCUCGUCGGGCUCGCGCUUCUGCUACUCGGCGUGUUCCUCACAACGCUGUCGCUGGUGGCCAACCAGUUCCCAGGAGUAGCAAGGGCUGCCGCUGCCGUGGCCGACGCCGUCCUCUUCUACUUCUUGGCGCCGGCGAACUAG